AGCUGCAGAAAACGUGGCUCUCCUGAUGAACUACAUUAUCGGCCCAGUUCAGUUGGCGAUACGAUGUAGUCUGGCUGAAGUUAUCAAUCCGAAGUACGAAAGACAAAGGAGCCGCAGUUGACAAUUUAUUCUACCGUGCUUGUUUGUGCACCGCACUUGCAUCAUCAUCCCCUUAACCAAACCAAACCAGCUCCAGUUAACACAACGGUCUCUCAAUACGCAGAAAUCAUGACUACCGAGGCUACUGUUCGGAAGUUCUUCGCUUCCUCCGCAUUUGCGGUCGUUGGAGCGAGCUCGAACCCAGCAAAGUUCGGACACCGAGUGUUUACAUGGUAUUUGGUGCAUGACCUACCUGUGACUCCCAUCAACCCAGGGGCGGCGACCAUAUCCGCCCUGGAGGAGGACCAUCCCACGGUGCCGGACGUGACGGCGCUCCCGAACCCCAAGCAGACGUCACUGUCUGUCAUUACGCCGCCAAGUGCGACGCUCAAGGUGUUGCAGGAAGCCAAGAAGUUGGGAAUCCCUUCGAUUUGGCUGCAACCUGGAAGUUUCGACAACGAAGUCAUGGAGUUCGCCAAUGAGAAGGGGGCUUUCGAGGCUGUGGUUGCCGGUGAGGGGGGCCGAGGCCAUGAAGGAUGGUGCGUCUUGGUCGACGGCGAACGUGGAUUGAAGGGUGCAGGAAAGUUGUAAGCUGAUGAGAACUAUAUGAUGUGGGAAUUGAUAGUUUCUCAAUUAAUGGCCAUGAGACGCCGUGAAAUGUGAAUACUGAGCCGAAUUGGGAUCAUCACCCAUCCAACCGGGCCUUUUGGUGCAUGGUAAAGAUUGGAUUCACAAGAUGCGGAUUUUAAUUGAGCUGCUAAGAAUAAGCAUAAC